AUGGCCAACACCAAAUCUAUCUCGUUUGACGAUAUUAUCAAGGCUGAUCGCCAGAAGAAAAAGCAAGAGGAUCUCGCCAACCAGCUCCUUGGAAAGAACCGCAGGUCGAGCGCGCCCGGAUCUGGCUCUGGUGCCAACAAGAAAGCAGCCAAUACACAGACAGUAAAGCCGGGAAGUCUAGCAAGUCGAAUCGGAGUGGCCAAGCGCACGCCAUCUGCGACCGGAAGAUCCACCAGCACAUCAAACCAAUCGAAUGGCCGAUCGCGUGGAAAUGCGCCUAGAGAGCGCGUGAACGCACAACAAGUCUGGAAAGCGUUCGACUCGGAGAAUCGAAACCUCAACCCCCAAUCUCGCGGCCAUGCGCAACACGCCAAUAAUCCCAGCAACAAUUUGUCCAUCAAGGGCGCGUCCGGUCCAUUUGUCGUGGUCGGUAGGAACUUUGCGCCUGGGACCACGGCCGCAGAUAUCCAGUCUGCGCUGGAGCCCUCCACAGGACCAAUGCUCAGCUGUCGAAUUAUCGCCAGUCAGCCAAGCGUAGUCGCAGAAUUUGCCUUUGCAGAAAAAUCAGCGGCCGAAUUGGUAGUGGCCAAUUACCACAACCAGCGUGCGGAUGGAAGACUUCUUACUAUGAACCUCAAGUCAGCAAACACCCCCAACGUCAGCCACGGCAACCAGAACCACUUCGCUGCGCUACGCGCCCAAGCUGAUCGCGAUCGAGUCCGGUCCCGCCGCGGCCAAGGACAAGGCCAACAGCCCGACUUGCUGGCACCACAAGAUAACUCUCAAUCCGGCCUUUAUAGCGACGAGAUGAUGAUCGAUGCACCAGCGGGCAACACCCAGAAGAAGAACAACCAACGCAGAGGGCGUCGUUGA